AUGGCUAGAGAAAUCACCAAGAACCAUGAUAUCAUUUUCUGCAAUCGUCCUAAAUCAAGGGCUGCUGAUAUCUUCUUCUAUGGUUGCAAAGAUAUUGGAUUGCAUCCUACAGCGAGGCUAGUUCGUAAGCUACGCAAUGCGAGUGUGAGAGGAAAUAUGGUCAAUUUAAGCGAGAUGCUGAUUGCUACCUCGAACAGCGUAGUUGCAAGAUGUAUACUUGGAAGGAAGUUACAGGAAGACGAUGGUUUGAUUUCGAGCCUCAAAGCAACUUUUCGAGAAUUGGACCCUUUUCUUGAAGAGGUCAUUGAAGAUCAUAAAACUGGUGAGAAUAAUCAUUCUGAUAAGAAAGAUUUUAUGGACUUUCUCUUCCAACUUCAGAAAGAUGGCAUGCUCCAAAUGGAACUCACUCUUAACAACCUCAAAGCCAUAUUAUUGGAUAUGUUUGUGGCGGGAAGCGAUACAACAUCAUCAACAGGGGAAUGGGGAAUGGCAGAGCUUCUGAGAAAUGAAACUAUGAUGAAGAAAGCACAAGAAGAGGUACGAAAAGUGAUAGGGAAAAAAUCCAUUAUAGAUGUAAAUCAUAUGAGUAAAAUGGAAUACUUGAAAUGUGUAUCCAAAGAAACUUUAAGACUACAUCCACCACCUGCUUUGAUUUACAGAGAAACAUCAGAAAUAGUGAAAUUGAGAGGCUAUGAUAUUCCACCAAAGGUAAUGGUUCUUACAAAUUCAUGGGCAAUUCACAGGGAUCCCAAUUUGUGGGACAGACCAGAAGAGUUUGUCCCAGAGAGAUUCGAGAAAAACCCAAUUGAUAUUAAAGGGCUAGAUUUUCAUUAUAUUCUAUUUGGUUUUGGAAGAAGAGGUUGUCCUAGUCUGACAUUUGGAGUGUUUGCUGUUGAGUGUUUGAUGGCCAAUCUUUUACAUUGGUUUGAUUGGAAGCAACCAGAGGAAUUGGACAUGGAUGAAGUUUCUGGUUUCACUGUUCAUAAGAAAAAUCCUCUUCUUCUUAUACCGAUACCAAAUUCCCCUUGA